AUGGCUGGUAAAGGCCCAUAUGACAUUGAAAGCUCCAUCAAUGACGCAGACGAGUCUGAAAAUGGUCAUCUCUUGUUCCCCGAGACCCCCAAAAGAGCCGCAAGAAUCAAGAACUGGUUAUGGCAUAGCAUCCUCGCAUUGAUCGCACUGGGCUGGCUGAUUCCUCUCUUUCGAACUCCCAUGGAGGUCAGGAUAUGUGACACGCUUGGUCAAACGCCUCUGCCACCAGAAGUCUUUCAACGUGUCCAAAAGACAUUUUUCCCGGAUGAGCGGUAUGUAGGUCCCUCCAACGAGACACACCAUCACUGGGAUCAUCUGGUUGCCGGCCACGAUGCACUAUACGUGCCAGAUGCCGAGGAAUAUGGGCUGCCGAAAGGGAUUCACCCCCCGUUCGAUCAUCCGGGCAAGGUCAAUGGGGGGCCACCGCAGUUCUACGUGGUUUCCCUGUUCCAUCAGUUGCACUGCUUGAACAUCGUGCGCUUUCAUUAUCACCAGGUGAAGACCGGCUCCCCUCCUCUUGGAGAUUAUAGCGAAGAGGCCUGGGAUGUUCAUAUGGAUCACUGUUUCGAGUACCUCCGACAGGCGAUCUCCUGUGGCUCUGCAUUUGCUAUUGAAGGCUCUUCGCCCCUCGAAGAUCCGAGUAAAAACGGCCAUCUGGCCUCCACUGUGACAGGGUGGGGAGUAGAGCAUGAAUGCAUUAACUUUGAAGCUCUGCGGGCCUUUCAGAUCAACCAGGAAAGGGCCUAUAACGCUACCUGGCAAAAUUCGAUAUAA